GAGAGAAAGACAGUGUAUGUUUGUAUGAAAACAAAAAAAGAAAAGUAAAAAAUUAAGGGAAAAAAUAAAGGCAGAGAAGGGGUGGUGUCGGCUUCAAACAAACACGACCUUAUCAUCGUCGUCCUCCUCAUCGGAUCCCAAAACCCCAUACUCUCAUAAAUCUACCAAAUUUUUAUCAGACUUAAUAAUUCUUUUAUCAGACUUCUGCUCGGGCGAAACAGCUCACAAUUUUAUUUUUUGUCACAAAGCAGACUGCACUGACAACACUACAGCAGCUAGAGAAGGCUUUUGCUCUCAGAUUCUGUAACCAGUUUUGCAUUGAUUAAGGGCUGUAAUUACUGGUUUGGUUUAGUUGAUUUGAGAGUUUGUUAAAGAUUCUGUCAUUCUUUGUGGUCGUUUGCUAUGGCGUUCCCAGCUUUGAAUCCAACCUCCAAUGGAAGCCCUCCAGUAUCCUCAGAUGAAUUGUACAAGGAAUUAUGGCAUGCAUGUGCAGGACCACUCGUCACCCUUCCCCGUGAAGGGCAGCGAGUAUAUUACUUUCCACAAGGUCAUAUGGAACAGUUGGAAGCAUCAAUGCAUCAGGGUCUGGAGCAGCAAAUGCCUUCAUUUAAUCUACCGUCUAAAAUUCUUUGUAAAGUUGUUAAUGUUCAACUGAGGGCUGAAGUAGAAACAGAUGAAGUUUAUGCGCAAAUUACUCUAUUACCAGAACAGGAUCAAACUGAGUUGACAAGCCCAGACCCUCCACUUCCUGAACCUCCAAGGUGUACGGUGCAUUCAUUUUGCAAGACACUUACUGCAUCUGAUACUAGCACUCAUGGUGGAUUCUCUGUUCUUCGGAGGCAUGCAGAUGAUUGUUUACCACCACUGGAUAUGUCUCAACAACCACCAUGGCAGGAAUUGGUUGCCACUGAUCUGCAUGGAAAUGAAUGGCAUUUUCGUCAUAUAUUUCGAGGGCAACCUAGACGUCAUUUGCUCACUACUGGGUGGAGUGUCUUCGUUAGUUCCAAGAAGUUGGUAGCUGGUGAUGCAUUUAUUUUUUUAAGAGGUGAAAAUGGAGAGCUGCGUGUUGGAGUUAGGAGACUCAUGAGACAACCGAGCAAUAUGCCGUCUUCUGUGAUUUCUAGUCACAGCAUGCAUCUUGGAGUUCUAGCUACAGCAUCUCAUGCCAUCUCAACUGGAACCCUCUUUUCUGUCUUUUACAAACCAAGGACAAGUCGAUCUGAGUUUCUUGUAAGUGUCAACAAGUACCUUGAAGCGCACAAUCAAAAACUCUCUGUUGGAAUGAGGUUUAAGAUGAGGUUUGAGGGGGAGGAAGUUCCUGAGAGAAGGUUCAGUGGUACAAUUGUUGGUGUAGGAGAUAAUACUUCAUCUGGAUGGGCACAUUCUGAAUGGCGGUCGCUUAAGGUUCAAUGGGAUGAACCAUCAUCAAUAAUGCGACCUGAAAGAGUAUCUCCAUGGGAAUUGGAGCCACUUGUGGCAACUCCUCCCCCAACUACUCAACCUACCCAAAGGAACAAGCGUGCAAGGCCUUCUGUUUUACCCCCACCAUCCUCAGAUCUUUCUGCUCUUGGUACAUGGAAAUCUCUGGGGGACUCUCCCUCAGCAUUCUCAUACUGUGACCAACAACGUGGACAAGAACUCUAUUCAUCACCCAAGUUUAGUUCUGCUUCAAAAUCAACCUCUCUUGGUUUUAGUGGGAACAACAACCUUGCUACCAUGUCCAGCAACACAAUGUACUGGUCCAAUCGAGUGGAUGCAGUAACUGACUCUUUCUCUAUCUACAAAGAUUCCGGGGAAAGAAAACAGAACUCUGGGAGUAGCUGCAGGUUGUUUGGUAUUCAGCUAGUUCACAACUCCAAUUUAGAAGACACUUCACCUGUGCAGGUGGUGGCAAUGGCUGGGAGUUUUGGGGAUGCUCUUCCAGUUCCCUCCUUGGAUGCUGAAUCGGAGCACUCUGAACCAUCUAAUGUUAAUCGAGCUGAUCAUCCUUCUGUGAGUUAUGAUGCUGAAAAAUCGAGUUUGAGAUCACCACAGGAGUCGCAAAGUAGGCAAAUUAGAAGCUGCACGAAGGUGCACAUGCAAGGGAUUGCAGUUGGAAGAGCUGUAGAUUUAACAAGAUUUGAUAGAUAUGAGGAUCUCUUGAAGAAAUUGGAGGAGAUGUUUGACAUUCAGGGUGAACUUUGUGGAUCUACUAAGAAAUGGCAGGUUGUCUACACUGAUGAUGAAGAUGAUAUGAUGAUGGUUGGGGAUGAUCCAUGGCAUGAGUUCUGUAGUAUGGUUAGAAAGAUUUUUAUAUAUACUACUGAAGAAGUGAAAAUGUUGUCUCCCAAGAUGAAGCUCCCUGUCAGUAAAGAUGUUAAACCUGGAAAGGAAUUUGAGUUGGCAGUCAACCCUGAUGAACAAUCAUCAAUCGGGGGGCCUGGAUGCUGAUGGUUUGCGUGUGCCUCGUGAUGUAAACUUUAUAAAGACAAAGAAACGGAAAUCAGGUGGAGCUAUGGAUUUAACUGGUCAUUUUUCAAAAUUGUAGGAUAUUUCUACAUGGAUGCCUGCUACUUAUAUAACUGCUUUGCUCACAGUUAUCCAAUCAGUUUCACACACACUCUUACGGAGGUGCAGAUCUCUAAUGGAUGAUGCCAUAUGGAGAGUGAGUUUUUCUUCAAAGGAUUGGGUGUUUUGGAUAUAUAUGAUCUAGUUUUGCCAAGAGAAUCUCUCUAGUGCUUGUCUGCCCGAGCUUCAAAUUGGUCACACAAGUUCAUUUAAAGCUGUGUAUGAAACAGAUCAAAGCAUAAGCUAGCUGCUCUCGUUUGACAUUUUUUUUGUUUGUUUAUUGUCAAAGACAAGUUGCAUUCCUUUUGUACAUAAAUAUAUAGCCUUUCUUGCCCUCUA